AUGUCCGGAAAACCACCUAUUCAUAGACUACCACCUUUGCCCAGACUCAAGGUGAAGAAGCCUAUCAUAACACAGGAAGCUAACAAAUGUCUAGUGCUGAUGUCUAAUCUGCUUCAGUGUUGGUCUUCUAAUGGUCAUAUGAGCACAGUUUGUGAGGGUUUGGCUAAAGAACUGAAGCUUUGUACAGCAGAAAGAGCAAUGGGUAAAGGCACACAGACCCAAAAAAGCAACAUCAACUACCAUGCUGCCAGACUAUACCCUAAGAUUAACGGUAAUCCACACGAUUAA